AUGAAUUCGAUGUUGAAACGUGGAGCAAGAGUGCGCGAAGAUAGGAUCAGUGAAUUACCAAAAGCACUUGUUUGUCACAUACUCUCCUUCAUUCCGACAAUAGAGGCUGUGAGGACUACUGUUUUGUCUAAGAGAUGGAACGACAUGUGGACUUCUGUCACCAGUCUAGACUUCGACGAUGACAGAGAAAGUUCACCAGUACUGUAUGACUACAAGGAAUUUGCGAUUCCUCGUAGUGUUUUUAAAUGCAAGACAUUGAGGGCCCUGAGACUUGAACUCCGUUGUAAUACUAUUCCUAGUGAUUUUCCUCCAUCAGGGUGUUUCCCCAAUCUCAAGUUCCUUCAUGUAACAUUUGAAUAUCCUGAUUCAAACUUACCGGAAAUGCUUUUCUCUCGUUGCCCUGCUGUUGAAGAUAUGAUCAUUGAUGGGGUGGCCAAUGACAUAAAGUAUGUUUUCGAUGUCUCUGCACCUAAACUGAAGUCAUUGAGGAUAUGUUUGGUAGGUACUUCUUAUGAACUUGAUGAGAACGAUGUUCAUAUUAAUACUCCAAAUCUUGAAAAGCUUGUGCUCGAGAGGGUUUCUUUGUCAGAUUAUAAUUUGGAGAAUUCGAAAUCUCUAGUCAGUGCUAGUAUCUCUUUCAAUGCCAUUUCUGCAUCUGAAUAUGUAUCCUUUUCAACUUGUGCAAUUGCGCUCCUGGCUGGAAUCUCCAAUGUCAAAUAUCUGUUUCUUUCAACUCAUUAUUUUGAAAUUAAAGGAGUGAAUGAAAGAAAUUUGUUGGUAAUUACUGAUUAG